CGUCGCGAGGGCUGCUUGCAUUCACAGGGCGCCGAUGCCGCGCCGCUCGUACGAUCGCCCAGCGAGAAAGUUUUAGUGCCACUCGUUAUUUUUAUUGUUUUGAAUUAUGUGAAUUUUAAUUUUGUUUGUGUGCGUUUAUGUUUUUAUUAUUUUCAUCGUUUUUAUUUAUUUACGAAUAAGGAGAAUCAAGUUAAGGGGUUUCACCCAGUCGCACCGACUGGGACAUGUUAGUACUUUGCCGUUGCUGCAACUGAAACGUCACCAUUCCCAAAUCCAGAGCAAACAAGCCGAGAUGUACUCGGACACGGAGAGAUAAGAAGUACAAGAAGGACAAAAGUCCCACGAUGUUCUCACUGGCCGAGGGGUGCGGGUGCGUGAGCUUCAGGGGCAGCCGGCGCGCGCGCUCGCUCGGCGACGACUCGUCGUCGUGUCGCAGCUCCGAGAUAGAACAGGAGGUCCCCAAGAAGCUGGGCCGCAGGGUCCUCAACGGGGAAUGCACCAUGAAGGCCCUCGCUCCGUUCUUGAAGUUUUGGAGACGAGACGACGUUAGCAUGACCAAGGCCGAAAGAACAAUGAAAGCGGCCAUACUGAUCCAACAAUGGUACCGGCGGUACCUAGCCCGGAUGGAGGUGCGGAGACGCUACACGUGGACCAUCUUCCAGAGCAUCGAGUACGCUGGGGAACAGGAUCAAGUCAAACUCUACAACUUUUUUAAUGCACUCCUGAGCCAUAUGAAGGACACGAGCGGGCGACCUUCCUCCGAAAGAACUUCACGGACUGCUUCUGUGUUGGAGCAAGUUUUUUCUGAGGAGUCCGACGAAGGAGGGGGUGUGGACGAAACUGCUCCCUCUAAGCCAUCCCACGGGCCCGACAUUGAGUUUCCACUGCAGAGAAAGGAUAUCGACUUACUGAUUGAAGCUUUCAGGAAGAAAAAGCAUCGCCUCCAUCCGAAAUAUGUCGCGCAGAUAUUAAAAGAGGCCACUCAGGUUCUGAAGCGGAUGCCCAAUAUCCACGUGGCCACCACGUCUAUAUCCAGCCAGAUAACAGUGUGCGGCGACUUGCAUGGGAAAUUAGACGAUUUACUCGUUAUAUUUCAUAAGAAUGGACUACCGUCGCCUGAAAAUCCAUACAUAUUCAAUGGAGACUUUGUAGACCGAGGGAAAAAGGGCUUAGAAGUGUUCCUUUUGCUGCUGGCCUGCAUGUUAGCGUUCCCAGGCGGAGUGUACCUCAACCGAGGCAACCAUGAAGAUCUCAUUAUGAAUUCUAGGUAUGGAUUCAUCAAAGAAGUGCAGCAGAAAUAUCGGCACAACGCAGAGAGGCUCUUGAAGUUGAUAGAGUGCGUGUACCGGUGGCUCCCACUCGGCACCAUCAUCAACAACCGCGUGUUUGUCGUGCACGGCGGCAUCUCCGACACCACCGACCUGGACAUGAUCCGCAGCCUGGAGAGAGACAAGUACGUGUCGCUCCUUCGACCUCCGGUAACCGAAAACUCCGCGUCGGGCGCCGAAGUUAUAGACAAAGUGGAAUGGAAACAGGUGUUCGACAUCCUAUGGUCGGAUCCGCAAUGCAUCGGAGGCUGCGUCGCAAAUGCCCUUCGAGGUGCUGGCACGUACUUCGGCCCCGACGUCACAUCGUCUUUCCUACAAAAGAACAAACUCAGUUUCCUAGUGAGGAGUCACGAAUGCAAGCCUGGGGGAUAUGAAAUUCUACACAACGGCAAUGUGAUCACAAUCUUCUCCGCUUCUAACUACUACGAGCUCGGGUCCAACAAGGGUGCCUACUUGAAGCUGUGCGGCAAUUCCCUGGAGCGGCAGUUUGUUCAGUAUACCGCCGCGGUGUCCCGCACUCGCCGCCUGACCUUCCGCCAGAGGGUCGGCCUGGUGGAAUCCUCCGCGAUGAGGGAGCUGCACAACCAGAUCGUGAUGGCUCGCAGGCCUUUGGAGGCCACAUUCCGCAGCAUGGAUUUGGAUCAGAGCGGUUACAUCUCAAUAAGCGACUGGUGCCAGGCCAUGGAGGAGACGACGCACCUAGGGCUUCCUUGGCGAAUGCUGAAAGACAAGCUGGUGCGCACGGACCCCGACACGCGUCGUGUGCGGUACAUGGACACCUUCGAUAAUAAGAUAGGACGCAAAGCUGACACGCAAACUGUGGUCGAAACUCUGUAUAAAAACAAGAGGAGUUUGGAAGCCAUUUUCAAAAUUCUCGACAAAGAUAUUUCCGGUUACAUAACAUUAGAAGAAUUUUCCGAAGCCUGCCAACUGCUCGGUAAGUACAUGCCGAAUCCGAUGACGCAAGAGCAGCUCGUAGACAUUUGCCGCCUCAUGGACAUCAACAAGGACGGCCUAGUAGACCUGAAUGAGUUCCUUGAGAGUUUCCGACUGGCCGAGAAGAGUUUACAGGACGACGAAUACACCGAUAUCCACGCCACCUGACAGGAGCUAGACCGCCGCCCCAGCCGGACGGCGGUCGAUAAAGACGAAACUGGUGUCCAAAUUGAAAUACUACGCUUGGAAGACGACAGGAAAAACAAUGAACACAACGGAAACGCGCACGUAAUGGGCGAAACGAUCAACAACCCGAAGGAGGACGAAAUCGAACUAAUAGAUUGUGAGACGCCGAAGAGGCCGGGCCUGCUGGAGAGCGACAUGUAAGAAUUGGAAAUCGGGGAUCCCCCGGAUUUUGCUUGGCAAUUUAUUACUAUUAUUUAGCUAAUUGUGUAUAAAUAUCUUGUGUGAAUUUGUUUUUGUCUUUAAAUCUUACAAUGUUUGGUGUACUCUCUAUCUUAACUAAAUGCCUAAUAUUUGUAUGAAUAAGUCUAUUCUAUACCUUAUCUUUGUGCUUAUUUGUAUUGCAUAAUAAUUCUUCUAUGAAAUAAUUACCUGUUUGUAGUUUUCUCAAUGUCUUCAAAAGAUAAUCGUGAUGUAUUCAUAUUUAGGUAAUAGUACCUUAGACUUGAAACUAUCAAAUUAUUAUCUAAUACUUAUAGAGAUUUUAAACAAAAUGGAAUUAAAGAUUUUACACAUAUAAAUAUUUUGAUAUUGGAAUUAGUUUUAUAAAUUGGUGCCAAUUUUAAUCAAAUUUUAUAGACGAAGAAACUUAGUUUUAUACAGAACUGAUUGGCCAUUGUAACUAUUAGGAAUAAAUUUAUUUGCUAUAACGAUUUUUAUUAAUGAACAAUUAACGAAUGGGAACAAUAACACUGAAAUUUCUAUUUAGAAUUUCUAUACUACGUAACUACCUGAUAGAUCCAUUAUGGUAGAAAAUAUAUUCUCACUCACAAUAAUAUUGAGAUCGAACAUUUAAGAGACAAUCAAACAUUUAACAGUUACUUACUUUCACCUAAUUAUUAAUAAAAUGUAUGUACUAAAAUGUACUUAUCUAAUUUAUCGUGGAAUCAAAGUACGUGAUGUUACCCACCUCUGUCUCCUAUUGAUCGAUCUCGAUUGCUUUAUCUUACCUUCACAGCUUGUCAUCAAUCCAGGGAUGGGAAAUACAUCGACUAUUUAAUCAUUACAUAUUUAAUCAUUAUUACAAUACGCAUAUUUUUCUUAAUACAAGUUAUGAUGGUGCACCUCUUAAUAAGAAAUUGUGCUAUGAUAUUAUUAAACUUUUGAAUAUGUAGUAAUUAAAAUAAAUGUAUUAUACUAUUAUAAAAUAAUAUUAUAUUUCGUUCAGUGAUCGUAGAAAUGUUAUCCAAUUGAAAUAUAUUUUCAAAUUUCUUAAUACAUUAUAGCGUGUUUCUAGUCCUAUAGCGGUAGUACAAUUUUCAGAUACAUAUCUCUAAUCAAUUAUUAAGCAUUCCAAUGUUUCAGCACCAGUGUUGGGCAUUUUGCAAUUAAUGUAUGGUGACUAGUUGAGAUUGCCAGCUACAUUACAAAUCGAUUGGGUUCACUAGAUUUUUAGAUAUUAAAUACAGACAAUAGAUAUUAAAUUCAGCGAAAUGUGUUACAGUUUUAGGUUUUAACCAAACAUAUCAAGUUUACCAACAUACUAACCAUGCGUCUACCAACGCAUAAUCAUAAUUUAGAGGGAUGUUCUUGAAUUACACAUGUGAAGGCUUCACGGUGAAAUGUUCUAGAAUUACGCACGCACGCAACAUCACGUAAAUGUGAAAUAUUUAUCAUUGUUAAGAGCUGAUACAUAUUCUUCACUACCUUUCGAACCAUAAGUAAUUUGUUACUAAAAGUUCAAGCGUGGAUACAUUAUGUUAGAAUCACAUAAAGUUCCUUUUGUUCGUAAAUCCUACAUUUGACCUCUUCUGUCACUUGUGUAUGUAUUAUUCAGGUCGUCGUCAUAUAGUCCAGUCAUUUAAGCUUAAAUUAGGUAAGAAUCUCGGAAUUCGAGAUACCCAGCUGUAAGUCUGUAAAUACUUGUAUAUUGACACCCUAAAAGUUGUCUCAAAACCUACAUAUGGUAGGGUGUAAGCAACUAUUAAAUUUUAAGGUCAAAGGUCACAAAAAUCGGUUUUUUGCGCUUUUUUUGGAAAUAUCUCAUUUCCUAUGGGUUUUUUGCUAUUUGUAUUUAUUAUCAAUAUUGUAGAAUACAUAAUUCUCUACAAAUUUUGUUCAAAAAAAUUUUUUUAUACGGUGAACCGUUUUCGAGAUAGAGGGCGGCCGCUAUUACUUUAACAAAUCUGUAGAGAUGUCAAUUCUAUACAUGAAAUAUAUUUUCAAAAUAACUAUCAGGGGGUGAUUAGUGAUCGAUACUGAUGCCAAAAAUGCAAUCAGUAAAAUUUUUGUCUGUCUGUCUGUCCGUCUGUAUGUUCCUUAUAGAAACAAAAACUACUCGACGGAUUUUAACGAAACUUGGUACAAUUAUUCUUCAUACACCUGGGCAGGUUAUAGUAUACUUAGGAAUUCCCACGGGAACAGGAAUUAGCGGGAAAAUCCUUUUGUAUGAAAAAUCUAAACCGCUUAAGUUGACCUGAAAUGAUGCAGUGACCGCGCACUCUCCGCCCUCUAUCUCGAAAACGGUUCACCGUAUAAAAAAAUUUUCUAAACAAAAUUUGUAGAGAAUUUAGUAUUCUACAAUAUUGAUAAUAAAUACAAAUAGCAAAAAACCCAUAGGAAAUGAGAUAUUUCUAAAAAAAGCGCAAAAAACCGAUUUUUGUGACCGUUGACCUUGAAAUUUAAUAGUUGCUUACACCCUACCAUAUGUAGGUUUUGAGACAACUUUUAGGGUGUCAAUAUACACGUAUUUACAGACUUACAGCUGGGUAUCUCGAAUUCCGAGGUGAACUUACUAUAAUGACUGGACUAAUAGCAGCUUUUAGAAUAUGAACACAAAGAUUAAAGUUCCUGUAGUGUAGUGUUCUUCAUGUACCUAGAGAACAUGGUAUUAUGUUUGUUGAGUUAAAGAAAAAAAAUUGUAACGUUGAACUGAACUAAACAAUCGAUUUGUAAUGUUCGAUAAUUGAUAUCACAACGCAUUUUUUAAGCUAAUUGCAAAGUGUGCAUGUAAACAGUUUAUUAUAACUGAAAUUUAGCUAUUGUAAUUUAUUUACUCUCUUAAUCUAAAUAGUUAUUUUUCAUAAUGCAAUUUUCACUAUUUACAAAUUGUAGCCAAAUCUAAUAAUGAAUUUUGAAUUAUUGUCCAUUAAAUUGUGAUAUUGCUAUG